AUGAUCGGCGACGCGAUAUGCGCCCCCAAGGCCUCCGCAAGUGACCGCCAGCCAUCAUCUACGAGAAGCACUAUCUGUACUAGUUCGCAUGAUCCGGCACAUGCAGGCAGCAGCGGCAGCAACAAGGCGCCGUCCAGCCAAAGCACCCCUGGCCUGGCCCUCGCUGAACUGCCCCCCCCUCCACCAGGCCGGCAGCCCCGCAUCCCUCGCCCUCGAAAACUCACGACCGAGCGACCCGAGGCGCUCCCGACGCCGACGCCGCAGGAGGACCGCGAUUCGAGCGGCUUUUCCUCGGCACCCACACGCCCUCCGAAGUCCUCGAACACUUACCUGGGGGAAAAGAAAUACACCAUUAGAUUAAUACCGACUACAGGUGUCGAACCUGAGAAGAGGUUUCAAGACUGCCAGAGGUUUCCUGCGGUUUCCAAAGAGUCCCAAAAGCCUCCGAGGGUUCACAAGGGUUUCCAAAGAGUCCCAAAAGCCUCCGAGGGUUCACAAGGGUUUCCAAAGGGUCCCAAAAGCCUCCGAGGGUUCACAAGGGUGGGUCCAAAAGGAGGUUCACAAGGGUUUCCAAAGGGUCCCAAAAGCCUCCGAGGGUUCACAAGGGUUUCCAAAGGGUCCCAAAAGCCUCCGAGGGUUCACAAGGGUUUCCAAAGGGUCCCAAAAGGUCCCAAAGAAUCCAAAAGGCCCCAAGAGUCCCCAAGGAUUCCCAGGGCUGCCCCGGAGGUUGCCAGCCGUGUCCCCAGGGGUCUCGUCUCGGAGCUAGGAGGACCCCGACCACCCCGCCUGUCGCCGCCCGCUGAGGCCCUGUCAUCGGCCGCCCUCACUCCGCCUAGGCCUACCCGCGGGAGGCACAUCCGGCCCCACACCUACGAUGCCUUGGGGCCCUCAGGACUGACCCGGCCUCGCAUGGCCUAG